CUUAAAGGUGAUCACAAGCUUAAUUCAAAUGCAAAGCUACUUGCAAAAGCAGAGGAUACAUAGAAAUCGAAGUACUUCCAGAGAUCAUUCUUUAAGCUACAAUUAGAUCCAUCAUGACACCACUUCAAUAUGUGAGCUGCAAUGGUGGAGUACAGGUUUACACACCACCAAUCAAAGUGGGAAGAGUUAAACUGAGCCAUUUCAUCAUCCCCAACUAUAAAGUGCAUCACUGCGUCUUCGGGAAGACCACAGAAAUGGGGUGGUCGAAGGUCAGCAGAACUCUUCUCUGUUGCCUGUGUCUUGCGGCGCUGCUGACCUCAGUGAGCUCUGCCGACUUCGGUGACCUCUUCCAGCCUUACUGGGCGGCAGAUCACAUAGUGGCCAUGGAUGGAGAGCCACUUAAGCUCACUCUCGAUAACACCUCAGGAUGUGGGUUUGAGUCCAAGAAGAAGUACCUCUUCGGCCAAACCAGCAUGCAGAUAAAGCUCGUCGAAGGCGACUCGGCCGGCACGGUGACUGCCUUCUACAUGUCAUCCGAUGGCCCAAACCACAACGAGCUGGACUUCGAGUUCCUCGGCAAUGUCACAGGCGAGCCGUACUUGGUGCAGACCAACGUCUACGUCAACGGCACCGGCAACCGGGAGCAGCGCCACUCUCUAUGGUUCGAUCCGACAGCCGACUUCCACACCUACUCCAUCCUGUGGAAUCGCUACCACAUCAGGUUUCUCGUCGACGGUGUUCCGAUGCGUAUGUUCGCUAACAAAGAGGCCGCUGGCGUCUUGUACCCCAAGGACCAGGCCAUGGGGGUGUACGCGUCGGUGUGGAACGCCGACGACUGGGCGACGCAGGGCGGGCGAGUGAAGACCAACUGGAGCCACGCGCCGUUCGUGACGGCCUUCCGGGGCUACGAGAUCGACGCGUGCGAGGCGGAGGAGGCGACGGGCGGGUGCGCCGGCGGUGGGGUGUUCUGGUGGGACGCGCCGGCGAUGAGCGGGCUCAGCCCGCAUCAGCGGCGCCAGCUCAGGUGGGUGCAGAGGAGGCACCUGGUGUACGACUACUGUAAGGAUAGGCCCAGGUUCCAUGAGAUGCCUGGGGAAUGCUUGAGCUGACCAUGUCGCAGUCUUACACUGCCUGCCAAAUGAACAAUGGAGUUGCAGUCUCUUCGCUCAUGCAAUUGGUCUGCAACAUCUCCCUGGAAUUGCACAUUGCACCUCACUUAAUUGUACCUGUUUUACUUUCUCAUGUUAAGAAUUUGAGAUAAGAAUCCAAUGAAAAAUCAAAUUCUAAUA